CACAUGCUCUGACACAGUGCCCUGGCUGCACAGGGAGACGGAAGCUGCUGGGAACAUGGCUGGGGAUUUAAUUUUGCUUGCUGCGGUGUCCCUUCUUUCAGCCUUCCAGCAAAGUUGUUUUGCCUGGCUGGUAGGAAAAUCGAGAAAGCAGCACAAGAUCGUGCCCCCAGAAGUCACUGGAACCCCAGACUUUGAAAGAAUAUUCCGUGCACAGCAAAACUGUGUUGAGUUUUAUCCAAUCUUCCUGGUUGCUCUCUGGACUGCAGGCUGUUUUUUCAAUCAAGUAUUGGCAGCCCUUCUGGGUCUGGUGUACAUGUACACCCGUCACAAAUACUUCCAUGGAUAUGCAGAGUCUGCAAAAGGAAGGAUAACAGGUUUUUAUUGGAGUGUGGUGGUUCUGUUCUCACUGAUGGCCUUGGCUGCAGCUGGGAUUACUAAUAGCUUUCUGGAAGAAUACUUGGACAUCAGCAUAGGAAAGAAAUUACAUAAAUUGCUCUGAAGAUUAUUUAUGUAUAAAUAAAUAAAGUAGAUGUUUUCCCUGGACAUUAAAAGGCAGAUGAGCUGCAUCAUGUGGAAUGAAAGCAUCCAGAUUUCUUUAUUAAUCGUCCAUUGCAAUGUAAAGUGCAUGUCUUUCCUGACAGUUUGUUUACACUGUUUCUUUCCUAUGCCACAGAAAAGCAAGCCCAAAGAAUAUAGUAAAUGUGGCUUCAUUUUUUGAGUUACAUGUUUAAUGAAUUGGUCUCAUGUGUACAAUAUUGUAUGACAGCAAAAAUUACAUUGAAUUCAGACAAUGAA